GAAAACAUGUUGGUAGAACGCUUGCCUUUACAGCAAGACGAUCACUGGAGGAUAUAAAGGAGGAUAUUUGUCUGCUCUCUGCACAGAGACAUCACCAAGCUGAAGUGCGUUCCUGAGAUGGCCUUCUAUGGCCUGCAGUUGCUCUGCUCACCAAAACACGGAGAUCCGAAAGAGUCACUGCGGAGGGUUUUCCACCAACUUUUAUAUGUGAUCCUGAUGAUGAGUAAAGGCAACCGAAAAAAGCCGACCCUCCUUGUCGUCAACCAGGCCAUCUUAUCCACUCGAGACCAAACUAUAAGUUUUGUUAGUUACCUUGUGGAAGAGCUGAAGGAGUUAGCCGUACCCUUCCUGCAUAUCCUGUUGCAGCAUAUUUGUAUUCAGAUGGUUGAAAAGAGUGAGUUUCGCAGCCACGGAGCCCAGGCUGUGAGCAUGUUGACAUCGGAGAUGACGAACACGGACUACAGUCGCUUCAUUCGGUGGCUUUUGAACUUCAGCCGACACCCUAAG